CACACACAAAAAAAAAAAAGUAGUAAAAGCGAAAAUGGAAAGACAGAGCUUAGAUACAGAAACUUCGAAAGCCGUGACCAUUUCAAACCACGUUUGGAAGCUAAAACGCUACGGUCGUUUUAUUCCCAAAACAAAAUCUAAAGCCUCAGGGAACGGCUCCGCGUGGAAGAUUUUUGAGUCCUGUGAAAAGUCUGGCCAGCUGGAGUUGAAUAUUUUGGGCUCUGGUCAUCUGCUUGUAUCUCAAGGCCAUGAAGUCUUGGAGGGCUUUUCUCUACUCAAUGCACAAAGCUUUUUGAAAAUUCAGCACAAAACAGACAGUCUGCUGUUCAACAUUACAGUAAAGGGAGAGAACCGUCUGAUCAGACUGCAGUUUGAUGGGAGCAGUCGGGCUGAAGCCACAGGUUUUUGCAGUAAAGUAGUAGAGAGGUUGCAGAUUUAUGUACCUGUGCAGGAGCACACGGUAACACCUUCCCCUGCUGCUACAUCAGCCUCUGCUGCUCCAACCAAUUCUGCAGAACCUGGAACCUCUAAACAACAGCAGCAGGCCUCUGAAGAUGCUGCACGGGCAGCCCCUGCUGUUGCCAUGGGAUCAUUGUCAAUCAAACACCUUUCUCAGCACUUCCUGGGUGAGCACGAGCUGUCCCUGCCGAUGGCGUAUCAUCAGUCCAUGCUGCCCCCUGGAGACCUGGAGGCUCUAUUGCGCCUCUGUCUGCUUGAUUCUGGCUUUCCUGCUUUCGUUGAGGAAGUGGAAAACAAGCUAAAGGAGCUAAUCCAGGACUGAGGAAGAGCAGGGCUUGCAAAAUCCAUAAUUACACCCAUGCUGAUUCCUCGAUAGAUGUUUGAAAUGGCAUAACUGAUCCUUUGCUAAGCCCUGCCUCCUUUCUAUACAGAACGUCCCAUAAGAUUGAAUUUGAGAUCUCAAUGAACAGUGUGAUUUUUGGUACAAUGUGCUCAAUUGAUAUUAUUCUAAGUGGGCUGGAAUGAAGUGUAACAUUGCAAAGCAUCUUCUUUCAUUUGCGAUUUUCUUUACAGAAAUGUUUAAAAUAUGCAGUAACGUGAUUAAAAACUCUGGAGACUGCAAUUCAGAAUUAAUGCAAUCGCAGCCAACUGAUAUAAGAAAUCAUUUUAUAGUGAUUACAACUUAUAUUAUUAAAGGGAACAGAACUGUUGGUUAUACUACCGUAACUUAUAACAUCCUCAUGUUGUUCUCGUGUGACUUUCUUUCUUCCAUGGAACACAAAAAGAGAUGUUAUGCAGAAUGUAAGAGACUGUCUCAAUAGCCAUUCACUUUCAUUGCAUCUUUUCCCAUGAAAGUGAAUGGUGACUGUCUGAUGCUGUCAGUCUUUAAAAUUCUGCCUUACUUCUCCUUAUGUGUU